UCCACACUGAUAUGUCUGCCAGACAUGCAGAGAUGCGAUUCGCCACCUGGUUAUCAGAAGGGGGAAAGGAGAAGAUUAAUUGUGUGUCGUCUGCAUAGCAAUGAUAGGAGAGACCAUGUGAGGUUAUGACAGAGCCAAGUGACUUGGUGUAUAGCGAGAAUAGGAGAGGGCCUAGAACAGAGCCCUGGGGGACACCAGUGGUGAGAGCACGUGGUGAGGAGACAGAUUCUCGCCACGCCACCUGGUAGGAGCGACCUGUCAGGUAGGACGCAAUCCAAGCGUGGGCCGCGCCGGAGAUGCCCAACUCGGAGAGGGUGGAGAGGAGGAUCUGAUGGUUCACAGUAUCAAAGGCAGCCGAUAGGUCUAGAACACAUAUGUCAGAGUCAAGGCCCGCGGGCCACAUCCGGCCCGCGAGAAGGUUUUUUACGGCCCCUGGGAUGAUCUUGAUUUAUUAUUAGAACCGGCCCGCAGACCGCAGCAAGCCGGCAGCCCGCAGAUCUUUUACACGCACCAAUACUACAUUUCCCACAAUGCAACGGUGACGCACCGAGCAGUAGGCUGCUUCAUUUCAAUAUUUAUUGGCACAGCAGUCGUCAGCAUCACAGUAAAAUUAACUUUCAGAUACCCAUCAAAAAUGGCAAAACAGAAGGUGGACACUGAGAACCGGGGGUUUCAAACAAGGUGGGAGUCGGAGUAUAUGUUCACGGAGGUAGCUGGAAAACCUGUGUGUCUUCUGUGUGGAGAAAGUGUGGCGGUACUGAAAGAGUAUAAUCUGAGACGACAUUAUGAAACGAAACACGCGGACAAAAACAAGAAUAUGGACAUGGAACAAAGGCUACAAAAGGCAGAGGAAUUAAAACGAGGCCUCAAAUCUCGACAGGCUCUGUUCAAAAAAGCCAAAUCACAAGGCCAGGCUGCUGUCAAGGCCAGUUUUAUUUUGGCAGAAGAGAUCGCUAAAUCAGCCCGGCCAUUUACGGAGGGGGAUUUCAUCAAAAACUGCAUGAUUAAAGUUUGUGACGAAGUUUGCCCAGAAAAAAGGCAACUCUUUUUAAAUGUGAGUCUGAGCAGAAACACCAUUGCCGAGAGAGUAGACCAGUUGUCCAUCAAUCUAAAAGAGCAGCUUGUGAAAAAGGGAAAAGAUUUCAUUGCAUAUUCCUUGGCUGUGGAUGAGAGCACCGACAUUUCUGACAUUGCCCAGUUGUCAAUUUUCAUCCGCGGAGUGGACUCCAGCCUAAGCGUGACAGAGGAGUUUUUGGCUUUACGUCCUAUGCAUGGCACAACUACGGGGCAUGAUUUGUAUGAAGAGGUGUCAAGAUGUGUAAAUGAGAUGGAGCUGCCUUGGGAAAAACUCGUGGGUUUGACAACCGACGGAGCACCUGCGAUGUGUGGACACAGGAGCGGACUGGUGGCGAAGAUACGGGAAAAGAUGCAAGAGGAAAACGCGACAGGUGAGCUGACAGCUUAUCAUUGUAUCAUACACCAGGAAGCGUUGUGCGGUAAAGCCUUGAAAAUGGAGCAUGUAAUGAGCAUCAUCACGCGCACAGUUAACUUUAUCAGAGCCAAAGGUUUGAAUCACCGCCAGUUCAAGGCAUUUCUGACGGAGUUAGAAACGGAGCAUGGUGAUUUGCCUUAUCACACAGAGGUGCGAUGGCUAAGCCAGGGAAAGGUGCUUCAAAGAUGUUUCGAGCUUCGUGAGGAGAUUUGUCUGUUCUUGGACAGCAAAGGGAAAGACACAACACAACUCCGAGACGAAAUGUUUCUGUGUGAAAUGGCUUUUCUGUGUGACAUUACGAGUCAUCUGAAUGCAAUGAACUUGCAGCUGCAGGGUCGGGAUCAUGUCAUCUCUGAUAUGUACAGUACAGUGAAGGCAUUUAAAACCAAACUGACUCUGUGGGAGACGCAGAUGCGGAAAGAAAAUUUGAGCCACUUUCCCAGCUGCCAGACCAUGAAAGAGAAGCUCUCUACCAGUGCGUUCCCGAGCGCACAGUUGGCUGAUAAAAUAGGUAUGCUUGCCGCUGACUUUCGACGCCGAUUUGCUGACUUUGAAGCACAAAAAAGCAGGUUGGAACUGCUCGGUAACCCAUUUGCUGUUGACGUGGAAAGCUCACCACCAAACCUCCAAAUGGAGUUGAUUGACCUCCAAUGCAAUGAUGCACUGAGGGCAAAAUAUGCGGCAGUGGGUGCUGCGGAGUUCGCCCGUUUCCUCCCCGACACAAUGCCCCAGCUGCGCAUCCAGGCUGCUCAAACGUUGUCUAUGUUUGGCAGCACAUACCUGUGUGAACAACUGUUUUCUUUGAUGAACCUGAACAAAACAUCACACAGAAGUCGACUUACUGCUGAACACCUCCACUCAAUUCUGAGGAUUUCCUCAGCUCAGAGCCUUACCCCGAACAUUGAUGAACUUGUGGAAAAGAUGGGACACCACCAAGUAUCACCCUCAACCUCAAACAAGUGAACAUUACUGUGCAAUCACAUAUUUAGAGUUUUUACUCAGUUCAAGUUUAAAAGUUAAAGUUUAAUAUUUGUUUUCACUGCAUGUUACUUCUCCUUAAACAAAGUGUUGUUUUUGAUUAAUAGAUUUUUGCACUUUAUUUUAUUGUAUUUCAAUCCAAUUAUAUUUUAAAAAUAUUUCAGUUGAGUGGAUGAUAGAAAAUUGCUAUUAUUGUUUUUUUCUUUGAAGUAAAUUUAGCCCACUUUUGCUAAAAUAGAAAAUAUAGGCUACUGAUGGUGCCUUGAAUACCGGUUUCUUUCAUUUAAUGUUCAUGUUAUGGGGAUUUUUAUAUAAAGGAAAUUUGUCUUUUGUGUCUGUUGAAAAUUAAAGAUUACUGACAGAGCCAUAAGAAAAUAUUGCUUUAUUUAUCUGAUCAUAUUGGAAUAUAUUUGUUAGGUUUUCAGUAGGUUCAAUUAGGUUCACUAGACUAUAUGCGUCAUUUAAAAAAAUUUCAAUGAACAUUCGAACAGUCCGGCCCUCGGCUUGUAGCUAAAUUUUUUAUUUGGCCCUCCGUCCAUUUGACUUUGACACCCCUGGUCUAGAAGGAUGAGAGCAGAGGAGAGAGAGUUAGCUUUAGCAGUGCGGAGCGCCUCCGUGACACAGAGAAGAGCAGUCUCAG